GGUGCCUGAAUGAAAUGUCUGCACUCCUGAACUUGUCAGUGGGAAUUUGUGAGUGUUUUUAUAGAUUGUGAAUGGUUUAUUGGAUAUAAAAGAAAGAUUACAUCUGGAAAUAUUACAUCAAUCUUCAGGCAUCAACAUCUUGCACAGAAAGACUUCCAAAUACUGAGUUGAACUACUAGCAAUUUGUGUUUGUGCGUUGGCUGGUGGUUUGCGUUGGUUGAUUGAUGGGGUGUGUGUGCGUGUUUGUUGGGGAAGUCAUGCCUAAUGGCAGUAAGCAUCGACAAGCAGACGUUCACACUGCAAUUUCAGAAGAAAGUCACACUUGAGUUGGCCGUACUCAAUCAGAAGCUAAGUCACCAGCUUCGUCAUGAAAUAACGCAGGCGUUUGAAGAGUCGCUUUUCACUGACUUGGAAGUGCGCAUUGGUGGCAGUGGUGGUGCAGCCCUAGUCAGAACCCACAGCUGCAUUGUUCAGUCGCGAACCCCCAAAUUCUAUUCAAAGGUCUGUGCCAAUCGGCACUCUGUUGUUUUGCCCGAAAAAGCUGAUCGACGCUCGAUUGAAGCUUUUUUUAGGACUCUUUACUGGUGUAACGAUGUGAGUCAAGAGGAGAAUGACAUUCUUAAACAAUUGAAACGUCUCUAUCAACAGCAGCAACAACAACAGGUAGCUACACCCGAAUCGGACGUCUACCUGACCCCGCAAGCGUCGCCGUCUGGUAGCGAUUUCAGCAACCAGCAGCGUUUCUCCUCCAACAGUUUUGCGCUCGAUGAUCAGCCGUCCCUCAGCCAUCUAGAUCAGCAACAGCACAAGAAGAAUGCAGCACUCUAUUAUUCGCUGGUGCCCAUCGAUGAGGUGUUUGACAGCGACUGCAGCUGCAGCACCGGCGGAGUGGGUGUGCUAGAGAGGGAGCUAGCCGAACAAGACCAGCUGUUCAAAUCGUUCAAAUCGAUUCUGAGCAAAGAACAGCGGACAAAGAGGCCUUCAGCAGCUAACAAACGUACAAAACCGACAUCUUUGUCGCUAACGUCUAGUCACAAUCCAAAACAACUAAAUAACUUCGAUAGUCUGCAGAAGACUUUUAAUGUGGAGAAUCUCCCGAAGAGUAGUUCAGCUUUAAAUAACGUUGAUAGUGUACAAAAGAACUCAGCAGGUACCAACCUGGAUAAUCCACACAAGAAUCCAACUCCUAUCAACCUGGAUAGUGUACAGAAGAAUUCUAGUAGUUAUGUGGAUAGUGUAUCAAAAAUUGUAAAUAGUAAGAAAAAAUCGGCGGUGGAUUUGAAGAGAAUUGGAAGGAAGUGUAGCGAAGACGAGGAGGUUAAUAAUUGUGAUAGAAAUGUGCAGGAUGUGGAAGAGAUCUGCAUGAAUAAGGUAGCGAAAGUGGUGGACAGUGGGGUGGGGGUGGGGGUAGGAGUGAAGGAGUCGGAUGACGCGAUGAGCAAUCCGGAGACAGAGGUGUUGGAUGCAGCGUCGUCGGGCUACGUGACGGGGAGCAGCCCCCGUGAGCACACCGUGUCCGUGUCGGAGGUGACGGAGGCCGAGGACCUCAUGCCGCACGACGACAAUGACGUCAUCCGCGCGCGGAGGGGAGGGGGCGAGUCGUCGUCGUCCGUCUCAUCGGACGGCGGCACUUGGGACUCCACUUUCCCUGAGUCGGCCGCCAAAGUCGUCACUGCUGCCAACCUCCCCGAUCUGGUGCAGAUCGAGAACAACCUCAACACUCAGGUCGAUCUGUUCGAACCUGCUCGUCUGCCGAGGAACGGCGUUCGCACUCCUGUCGAACAAACACAUCCCCAACAAUGCUUGAGAAGCCUUGAACUGUCUCCCAAGAGACAAGCUACGGGAGGCGAAAGUAACGUAAAAGAGGUGACUAGUACUGCUUCGUUCGAUAAGACUCCAGAUCAUAGCAGUCCAACAAACGAACUUGACCGCAAAAGUCAAUCAAAAAAUAGAGCAGGCAAUCAAAGUUUGGAAGGAACGUCAUUGAAUAGGGCUUGCAAGUCUCCAGACAAUAAAUAUUCCAAUCUUAACUGUCAUUCUGGGAACGAACAGAUUGACAAGAAUGCUGAGGAUACAUCUUGUAGUUUGUUGAAUAAUGGUUGUAAAUCUCCAGAAAAAUCUGGAGACAAUCACUGUGCAGCUUCAAAGAAUAACUUCUUUAUCGAUGCGUCCAGUUUGCUGGAUGAAAGUGAACUGGCCAAUCUACAAGUGACUAGUAACAAUGGUGGUAGUUACACGUGUCAAAACGAUAUCUGUUGCAAUGUGAUUGAUGGUAAUUGCAAUGAAGAGGUGAAAGUUGAAAAUAAAAAUGGAAGUCUAGAUGUGAAUGGUAGUGAGAAAAAAUCGGAGGUUAGUCCAACUGCUGAAAUGACGUUUGAAGAGCGGAGAUCUAGCCUAAUCAGACGUAAUACUUUUGAACUGGAUCCGGAUGAUGGAAAGAAACUAGUCAAACUUCAAGAGGAGUUUAAGAAGAGUAAAGAUUUUGAAAAUACUUGCCGAGAAAAUUGUGUGGAUGUGAAGAAGCCAUUAAAAUCACCCGAUUCACUGUCGAUUGUCGCUAAGAAUAUGUCGACACAGCGACAAGACGACGACAUGCACUCUCCUGACUCAUUAAAUAACGAUGCGCCAUUAGAGGGUAUGUUCGACGACAGAAACGAAGAGGAGAAACGACGAAUACUGGAUAAAGUGAACAAAGACAAAAUGAAUAAUCAAGAUGGCAGCGAGUAUGAUUCCACGAAACUAUACAAUAGUGGACUGUUCUAUAAUGUGGAGAAUACUUUGGAUCAGUGUUUCAAGUAUGAUUCGAAUAGGUUGCAUUGUGAUAAAGAUGAUUGUUCAGUGAAUGAGAAUGGGGGAAGCAGUAGGAUGAGUGACUGCAGUAGUACUCUGAGUAGAAGUUCGGCAGCUUGUGUGGGAAGUGUCGACAGGCUGAAUAGGAUCGAAUGCAUGCCAAUUGUGUCGGGCGGGGCUUCUAUCAGUGAUUUCUCCCCUCCCGUCAGUUGUGCCAGUCCUCUGGCCAGACGCAAAACAGAGAUGGCUCCGAUCUUGUCCGGAGGCUCAGUAUUAAUGCCUGAAAACGAUCAAAAAAUUGUACAAAAACCGAAAACUACCAGCGCAUUCACUGCGUCCUGGGUUGUGGACAUGAGUGACUCUGUCAAAUCCCCAGAAAUGCGCAAAAAGUCACGAUCAAACUCAGCCAGAAGUUCGGCGUCCAGUGAGGAACAUGACGAUCUAUCGAAAUCCAACUCUGAUGCCGCCAAGUCUCCACCAAUCAUGAAAACUAGUAAUCUCGGGUUUUUCAUACCGUUGGACGAUCCCAAAACUGACAAACCUGGAAAACUAGCCCCGAAACUCGAUCGACAAGACUCAAAAUCGGGUUCCCAGACCAGUAUUAAUCAAUCUUGUGGAUUUUUUAUUGAUCUCACUACGAAUGCGGAAAAACCGAAUGUCGAGAAAGUAGUUGAAAAGAGUAGUAGUGUGAUCCAGCCAGCUGAUAAGAAACUAUUCUCUAUGUUCAUUGACAUUAGUGAAACAUCUUCAACAGAGAAUGUGUCACCGAAAAGUAAGACCAGCUCACCGAACCUAUUUGCCAGCAAAAAAUUGAAGCCCAAAACGAUUGCUAGCAGAUUCCAGACAAAGCAUGAUGAUUUACGUUCGUCGGAUUCACAGUUGAGCUCUGAGUCGAGUAUUGAGAUGACUGUAGAACACCCAGAAGUGGCUCGUGGUAAGCAUUUGUUUGGCGAUCAAUUGAAUUGCACACCACCUCCCAGUCGACAAAUAUCUACUAACGAUAACUCUACAGCCGAUUUAACAAGCAGUCAACACGAGUCACGGAAGAAAGGAUUUUUCAUGUUUAUUGAGGCUGAGAACAGUUCGCCUGUACCCAGGCGCAGAACACUGCCAUCUGGAUUGCGGCCCAAUUCGCAACGGCACUCGUGGAAUUUAGACAAUGGUAAAAAUGGUGGCGGUGUAGUUGUCAAUCAAGAGGUGAAAAAAGAACACAAACGAGCUCACAGUGUGUCCGUCGAUAGGACUCUGGCCACAUCGUUCAGUAUUGCCAACUGUGAUGGCGAGAAAAAAUCGUCUAGUGUCACAUCGUUGGUGAAAAACAACAACAAAGAGUUUAAUAAUGUGAUGUUGGAUUCAGGCCCGGCGUCCAUAGAUGAAGCCUCGAUGCAGCGAAAUAGUCGCGCCAUGAUUUCGUCGUGGCAUGGACCGGUGAAGCCAUCCACCGAACUGCAGAAAGUUCUCGCUCGCAAAGAGUUGCGCGAAAGUAAAACGAUGCUGGGAUUGAGUAGCAAGGUGGGCGAAAACACGGCCAGUGAGACGAGUUUGAGUUGUGAUGAAACCUACGAUCUGCGAACGGACAGCGUGGUCUCGGACUUGUCGGACAGUGGGAAAGGAGGCAACAACUCGACGUUCAUAGUGGGCGAUGUGUCGAAUGUUGCAAACGCCGCCACCAGCAACAUGGAUCUGUCGACGCCCAGCCACGAAAUGGCCGCCAGUGAGUUGUCCAACGACAGCGAACCAGUUGUCAACGAGGAAGUGACCAAAAAACUGCAGACAGUUCGAGAGGAGAGCAGCAAGAGUUUUGUGAAGUUGUCGGACAUGGACAAGGAUCCUCCGCCUGUGAAGUUGGUGACUCAUAGGAAGUCCUACGAUUCAAGCGCAAGUCAGCACCGGAUGAGCCGCAGUAUUCCUGAGGCUGGGUCGUGGCUGGAGAACAGGUUGAUGACUCGGUCGGCAACCAGUCGGUCUCUCGGUCGCCUCUUCCCCCACCUACAGGUCCGCUCGCCGACCUCCACUGACGACGGAUUCAAUGCUGCCACUGACGUCUCCGAAAUGAGCAGUAUGCACAGCAGCAUCGAGCCUUCUGUCUUGGAGGGCAGCACGACAACAGACGACGGCUCUAUGUCGGUGCAGGGUGGCGGCGCCUGCUCGCGUCUGGGCGAAGAUCUACUGCGCAUGUUCGUGGAGGAGAUCAGCUGCGACGUCGUGGUGGAGGUGGGAGGGCGUCGACUGCGCGCGCACAAGUGCAUCCUGGCAUCGCGGUGCCAGUACUUCGCCGCCAUGCUCAGCGGUGGAUGGGUUGAGUCGGCCGGCAAUGUCAUCUCCCUCCAGGGAUUCUCAUAUAACGCCGUGCACUUUGCACUCUGCCACAUCUACAGUGGUACCAGCAAUAUUCCUGAUUCGAUAAAUAUAGUUGAGUUGGCAACACUGGCCGACAUGCUGUGUCUCGAGGGCCUCAAAGAGGUCAUCAUGUACACGCUCAAGGUCAAAUACUGUCACUUCUUCCACAAGCCAUGCGCACUGUGCACAGUGGGUGUGCUGGAGUGCCUGCCCCUGGCGGCCGCCUACGGCCUCGACGAGAUCUACCGCAAGAGUCUGCGCUGGAUCAGCAAGCACUUUGUGCGGGUCUGGCCCACCAAGGGAUUCGCCACUCUGCCUCGCGAGCUCAUCGACAAGUGUCUCAAACAGCAUGUUGUCCAUAUGAGCGUUGAGAAUGUGCUGGACACGGUGAUGAGCUGUGAGAAGCUGGAGGCGACCAUUCCACAGGUGCGGUGGGCCGACCCUGUAUUCGCAGUCACUCAGAGGCUGCACGACACGGCUGUCAAAUUCAUCACACAACACUUCAGUGGUGUUCUCGCUAGUGAAACGUUUUUAUCGUUUGGCGUGGACUCGGCAUGGAACCUGGAGCGUGUGAAGAAGACACUGCUAGGCGCAGUGGAGAGGGGAGGUGGGGGUGGUAGCGGAGGGGUGUCUCCCGACCAGGCAUGUCGCAGUCUCGCCCGGCUCCACACUCUGCUAGCGGUCGUCCCCGACGAUCAGUCUCCCACGCCAUGGUCUCCUGAGUUUGUGGGUCUGGUGGGCGAGCUGGCCGCAGCGUGUGAGAGCAGCGUGGUGAAGCAGGCGUCGCGUGCAGUGCGCAGCAGCGGAUGGCUGCAGUUGGACUGCGCACUGCGACAGCGCAUACAGACGGCCGCCUGCCUCGUCAUUGUGCCGGGCGACGAACGCCGUCGCAACCGUAUGCAUCACUCGCUGCACAGGCGUUCGGAGGACAGAAGUAGCAGUUGCGGCAGUAGUGGUCUGCGCUCGAGCGACCUGCACCAGGUGAAAGUGGUGAUGAGUCAGCAGAACGUGGGCUCACGUAAGCCAGUGGCAUCGGCUGAUGCGACAGCCGCCACCAAGACACUCAGCAACCGAGCGUCAGUGCCACCCGCCAACAAUCAGCGUGCGUCAGCCAGGCAUGCUGACGAAAACGCCCCGGCGAAGACCAAGUCCUGGCCGCAUCGCUUGGCUGAGGUGAAAUCAAGGUACUUGGAGCAGAGAGCGCCCCUGAAGAGCACGACAGUGACGACAAACAACAAGACAGGUCCAGGGUCAGGGACAGGGCCACCGCCCAAGUGCUGGAGUGUGCCCGCGCAGCGCAAGGGGGUGGGGGGAGUGGCCACCAAAGGGGGAGCCACCAAGGCGGGCGGCAUCACCAUAUCCAGUUCGGACUCGUCGCGAACCAGUUCGCCGGCCAUGCGAACGCGGUCGCUCGGCACGCGAACACUCUUCACCGGCACACAACACCAGCGGAAGCCCAGCUCCGAAACGCUCUCCAUGUCCACUGACUCGCUAGUCGAGGUGGCAGCAUCGAAGCAGGUGAAGAGCGAGCCGGUGGAGGUGAAUGGGAAUGUGCGCAUGCGCACCACUAAGAAGGCAGCGGCUGCAGCUGCAGCAGUCGCCGGAAAGACCAAGUCGGCCGAGUCGCUCCUCGCUACCACCAAACACCAGCCUAAGCUCAUUCACAACAACAAGGGGUCGUCACCUGUGCCACUAGCCAAACGCACGCCCACCAGUCAGACUUCGCCACGCGUGCUCACACGCGCGUCACCCAAAAUGGCGGCCACGUCCGCAUCAAGCGCCGCCUCGCCACGUGCCACCACCACAUCGGUCACCAAAACCACCACCACCACCACCAAUGCGGUCAAACGCAACACCACCUACCGCGUGUCAUCCGCCUCCAAGGCACCGCUCAGUCCCACCCCCAACAACAAAAUGGCCGCCGCCGCCAAUAAGACGAAACUGAACAACAGCAACAACAACAGUCAACAACAGCGUAAGGCGGUGAACAACAACUGUCAGGCGUCGCCGUUGUUGAACCGGGUGAAGCAGAUGCAGCAGCCGGGGGUCGGCUCAAGGUCGGGCACUUUCCUCAAGGAUGAGCCCACUGUGCUCGCCAAGCAGACUGCCCAGGCGCCAACCGCUACUGGCGAACGUUAGGGCGCAGAGAGAGGUAGGCCACACUAGCACUACAUUCAUCUGAAGGGGUCAUCGUUGGAAGACGAAGAGAGAGAGAUAGAUCAGACUAGAACUUGUGUUGAGCAGUCCAUUCAUCUGAAGGGGUCAACUUUAGAGUGAGAGAGAGUGGUCAGACUAGAAAUUGUGUUGAGCAGUCCAUUCAUCUGAAGGGGUCAACGUUAGGGUGAGAGAGAGAUAGGUCAGACUAGAACUUGUGUUGAGCACUACAUUCAUCUGAAGGGGUCAACGUUAGGGUGAGAGAGAGAGAAAGAUAGGUCAGACUAGAAGUUGUGUUGAGCAGUCCAUUCAUCUGAAGAGGUCAACGUUAGGGUGAGAAAGAGACGGAUAGGUCACACUAGAACUUGUGUUAAGCAGUCCAUUUAUUUGAAAGGGGUCAACGUUCGGAGACUAAGAGAGAAUGUGAUAGAUGCAUAGAUCAGACUAAACCUCGUGUUAAGCAGGUCUAUUUGUCGAGUCAAGACGAUUAUUUUUGUAAAGGGAAUUAACGUUAGGAGACAGAGAAACUUUCGCCCUUUCUGAUUAAAAUACAUCACUGCAAGAAUGUUACACUCAGUAUGAGCAAUGAGCGGCUCAUUAAACUUUCUCGAGCCCUGAAGUAUGAAUAACUGACUCAUACUCUUCAGAGUUUCGUUUGAAAAGAACUUAUUCUGGAACCCCUAAUUUUAAGUUCAAAGAACAUUUAAUUCAUCAAUUUUGAGUCCUGAGAGCAUCUAUUCAGGUCAUUGGAAAAUUCCAAUCAUAUAGUUGUUAGAGAGAAUACACAAACACGUUCUAAUGCUCGAUAUUUUUGGCGGUAUUUGUGAGUAUUUUCCUUAUAAUAUUUUCUGUACUUUGAAAAAAAUACAUUUUUAAUAUUAUUCUGUUCGUAACAAAAUUUAAGUGGUGAAAUCACUGUGUAAGUGUAUUAAAAAUUAGUUCAAAUAUAAGAACAUGACACUGCGUACAAUUACAAACUUUUUCCAUCAUUUGAACUCGAAAAGAUACAAUAGCAUUAAAUUCCGAUCUACUGUUUUACAUUUUUGUGUAAUAUCUCUUGAAAAUUACUGGUAUGAAAUCUUGCGAUAGUUAAGAUAAGUUGUGUAUAUAUGCUUUUUCCAAUUUUGCUCUCUCGAGAUAUUGCAAACCACUUCAAAUUUUACUCAAAAUUGAUUUGGCUGACAGAUGAAGUACUUUUAAUACAAGUUCUAGUGAACUACCUUUCAAAUAUCUCUUGAAAUAUUUAUUAUUACUAGUCAUUGUGCCAUUAGAAGGCUUUAUUGUUUAAAGGUAUAAUGUAUUUAAAAAAUCUAGAUUGAAAAUUAAUUAUCAUUCAAUUGGAUUAUUCAAAUCAUGCUCCAAAGUGUACAUAGCUAUAUUUAGAUUAAUGUCGAUUACCUGUUUAUAUUAUAAAUAUAUAUUAUUUAUUUUGUUAGAAACCUGUCGAUGUCGAAAUAGGUAUUUGAAUCAUGUAUUUGAAUGUUGUUGUAAGAGGUGGAUAGUUUAAAAUAUUGAAAAAUACUGGUAUUCCUAUAGGAGUAUUAUACUGUAAUAUUAUACUAGGAGGAUUAAAAUGUGUGGUGUGGCUAAAAUCUUUGGAAAUAUUCCAAUUUUUCAAUAGCGUGGAUGAACCUUCAUAAUUUUCCUUAGUCACAAAUAUUUUCAUGUUCAAAAUUCCACUGCCCAUUUAUUGAACAUUUUUCAAUAGAAUUCAUUGUUAUUCAUUAAUCAAUCGUUAGAGUAGUCAUAGUAGAGAAUUAAUUAAAAUUAUCUUUAUAUUUGAAAUUAUUUCAUCAGCCACAGUAGCUAUGGAAAAUAAAGUCAAUUUUCAAAAAAAUAAUUUCAAACAAGUUAGAUUUUGAUAGAUAUUUGAAAUACUUGUUUCGACACUUAUCAACGAUUAGCAUUAUUAUUUACGUACUUUUUCUAUUGUGGUAAAAUUCACAGAUGAAAAGGUAAUAAAAGUUAUGUUUAUUGAAAAUUUUAUGUACUGGAAAAUAUCUUGAUAUGAGUAGUUUGCUUUUUAUAUUUUUUCAAGAAAAUACUUAUCACGAUUUAUCGAGUAGUUUGUUCAGCAAACUUAGCGUAGUUCUGUCAUGAAAUUACUUAAAUUACUCAAAUCUCUCUCGUUAUCACAAUUUCUCGAUACAAAGAACACGUAAGUGAUGACUUUGAGGAAUUGGCGUCACUCUAUUUUUAUUUAAUUCGUAGAAUAAAAAUUAAAAAUAUUGAACUUUAGAAUUAAAUAUUAAGCCUGGUAGGUUUCAAAAUAUACUUUAGCUACCUUAGGAUUUGGCUCCAUGGUAUUUUAUGUAUGUUGGUCAGUCAUGUAUGUCUAAAACGUGGUGCUUCUUUAACCAAAUCAUAUACAUAGAAAACUAAUGAGUAUAUUAUCUGUACCCCACCGAAGAAGCCAAUAAAUUUAUUCGCAAAAUAUUAGCAUUAUUCUUUUGCAAUACGGUAAUUAUUAAUGAAUGGUUGUAUUCACGGACUCUAAUGCUGAUUUGAUUGUCAAUUUCAAAAAUUAGAAGCAUUUGAAUUUGUUGUUAUUUCUCUGUAAAGAGUUUUUUAUAGUAUAAGUUUAUUAUCACCUUGGCAUUUGGUAAGUGUUUUUCAUGUAUUAAUAAGUUCAUAACUUAUAACUGACAACCUCGACUUUGGUUGUUGUCUGAGGAGUAAUAUUCUCUAAUUUGACUUUCAUAUAGUUGAAUUAAUUACUGUACAAGUUGAAAACUUUUCCUCAAAAAUGUUUUGUAGAAAAUAAAAUACAUUAGAUUAAAACGUUUAAACCGUUUCAAAUCAAUCUUCAAAUAUGUUAUUAAUUCAUUCAAAGGAAUAUUCUAAUUAACAUUUUUAAAAUUCUACUCUUCCUAAAUUAUUACUGAAAGAUAAUGUAUUUUAGAUAGAAAUACGAUAAAAAUUAAUCAAAUUAUACUCAGUAGGUUGACUGACUAUCUUCAAUAUCAAAUCGUUCACUACAAAAAAAAUUAAAAAUACAGCUAAGUUAUCUAAAUCCCCGUCCUAUUAGUCAUAUAUUUAUUGAAAUGAGAACCUACUAUUUGCAUUUAUGAUUUUUUAUUACAUAGUUAUGUAAGGAACUUACAUUAUUUAUUAGUGAUUAGAAGGAUUAAGUACCUUACCAUGACUGAUUAUGUGUAUGUUCUAUUAAUUUUCUACAAUCUAUAGCGUAAUAUUCUUAUUAAAGUGUUUUAUAUUGUUUCUUUGAAGACUAUUUACAGAAUGGCAGUGAGCAACUCACCAAUAAAAUUGGUGGUGGUACUAAUUAAUUAUAAUUUGUAUACUCAAUAAUUUCAUAUUAAAUUAUACUUUAAUAUCAUUUACUCAUUUUCAAAAUCGAUGUUUUUGCAUAGUCCCUAUAAUACAUCACAACAUACUGUAAUAUUUAUAAUGGUCCAACAUUAACAAGAUACAUUCAUUGUUUUGUGUACUAUAAAAUGCAUUUGGACUGGUCUAAACGUUCAUCAAAUAACUAUUCAUUUAACUUGCCUGACAUUUCAAAAUCUGAAUAAACCAUGACUAUUUUUAAUUAAAUUUGUUCGAACAACUCUUAUAUAAAUAUCAUUAAUAUAAUCUUCUAUGUUUCAAGCUAGUAACAGUUAAAAUACUUAUUCAAGUUUAUUGUAUAAAAUCAUAGAGAAACAAUAGCAUAAGAAACUUGAGAAUCUGUUUAAAUAAGAGUCAAUUGAAAUGAGAAUCUGCUUCAAUUGGUAAAAACCAUUGUUGAUUUAUAAUGGCGGUUUCCGUUUCACUUCACAUUGUGAAAUUAUAUUAGAUAUUUAAAUUCAGUUAAAAAAAUUGUUUAAUUUUCAAAGAAAUUUUUCAAGGCAACUUACUAUUGGAUUGGACCAAAUUCUUGAGAAUUUUAAUUCAAGUUGCUCACGUUCCUCUGUAUAGUCUUCCAGACUAUAGUUUUCUAAUUAAAAUUUUUGAUAACUCCUAAAUGUUGUUUAGUACACAAGAUUAUGAUACAUUUCAUCUAGAAAUAGACUUUGUAGAUGUAGAUGUGUAGAUGUUUUGUCUUCAGUUUUGCUGUAUUUAUGUCAAUUACUAUAAUUGUGUGGAUGCGUAGAGUGGAUCUCUCAAUCUUUGACUAGAUUCACAAAUUAAAUCUCGAUCAUAAUAUUGGGUAGUCAUUGCCUUUUCACUUAUCACAGUAAACCUUAUUCAAUUCAUGAUGAAAUCAGUUAUUUUUUGGUCAUAAGUUUGUGUUUCUCUUUCGCUUGAUGGAUAUCCUUCGAGUUCCAUAUAUCCUUGGAAUUUUCGCUUUGUAUUCCCCAUUUACAUUUGAGUAAUCUUUUGAAAAUUUAAUUUCAAUUAUUUUAGAUUUUAAAAAAAUGAAAAAAAUUAAAUUAGAUUUAAAAUUAAAUCAUAAAUUAUCAGAAUCAUGAUCACGUACAGUAAUAUUUAAAAAUAAUUGACCGCUUUAUAAUAUAUUUUUAGUUUCUGUACUCAAUAUUAAAUAACCAUGUGCCAGUAUAAAGGUGACCAUUUGAGUAAUCAUAUACUCUUAAAACAUGACACGAUUACUAUUAUAAAAUAUUAGAUUUAUAUUGUAUAUAUGAAAACGCUUGUGUAAAGAACAAAUUUGUGCAAUAAAGCUUUAAGGCAUCAGAAUAUUAUAAAUAGCAUUUGAGUAUCAUUUUUGAUGUAAUAUAAUAUAUGUUUUACAAGCUUCAUAAUGGUCAACAAGAAACUCAGUUUUGAUUCUUAUGAGUGUUAUCGUUUGAAUGUGUGUGCUUGAAUAUAUGUAUAUAAUAAAGUACACAUAUCGUAAGAAUUAGUCACUGCUUAUGAUUUUGUACUACGUUUGAGAAAGAUUCGAAAUCAUUUGUUGUUGGACUGUAAAUAUGUGAUAUUUUAUUGUAAAUUCUUUAUUUUUAUUUCAUUGUUCUAUAUUUACGGAAAGUCUCAACUAGAUAUCAUUUUAAAAUUAUUUUGCUAUAGUUAAAGAUGACGUUUAUGCACUCGAUAAAAAUACUAUAUUUACUAUUUAAAUGAAAAUCAAUUUGUUUAUUUUGUAUCUUAAUCUGUAAAAAUGCAAGUAUAUUUUUACAAUAUAAGUUUGUAUUUUUUUUAUUGUUCGAAGCAUUUCAAAUUGUUUUCAAUAAUAUUGUGUAUAACUGAUAGCCAGAUGACUGUGUAUGUUUAAUGGAUGGAAAAUUGUUUAACGUGAAUAAAGUUGCAAUUCAAAUUA